AGAAGAGAGUGAUCAAGGAGGCUGCUGCACUGUGCUUGUGCUGUUUGCCUCUUCAGCCGAACCGUUCAAACUUUGAGCGUUUUAAUUCCACCUGCUGCGACGUGCGAGUAGCGCGGUGCACAGUUUUUACGUUCACGUCUUUGUCCGAUCUGGUUCUAAUUCAUUUUCAAAUCACUUGAAUCGAUCAGAAGUGAAGUUUUCCUAGUGAAUUGUGAGCUAACGCGGCCACGUCGUUGUCGCGUCGUUUACCGCGCGCGUACUAUCGUGUGAUUGCCGGUGCGCGAUUUAUAUGCAAUACCGAACAGAACACGAGUAUCGAAUCACAAAGAUCGAGUUCGAUCGGGGACAAUAUUGAGUGGUGCGCGAAGACGAAACGACCGUGGAGUGACCGACGGCGCAAUGCUAAUGAACGGUAGUGAGACAGGUUGGUGACAAGUGAACGGACGCGACGCACUUCGAAGAGCUACUCCUUAUCCGGAAUCUCGGAGUUCUAUACACGCGGUACCAGUAGUCGUAACGCAAAAUACAGCGUAAAAGAACAGCGGGUUUCUCUCCGAGAAAGAAUGUCCUUAACAGAGUAAUCCCCCGUCGUAGCAAAUUCGCCGAGAAAUCGUACGCCUCGGUAUGAAGGUGGUGACACUAUCAUCCGUUGAGAUGUGAUCCAGAACAUAGGAGGGACGCUCAGUAGUUUGUAGUUGGUCCCCAUCUCCCCUCUCCCCCUUCUCUAUCACCUUAUCACCCCACUAGCCUUUGCAACCUCUACCACCUACUCUACCUCUCUCCCUCUCCUCUACGUCCUCCAGUAAUCCAUUGCGCCGGUAAAGCGACCAUCGGAUCAGCGUCUUCUUCCGAAUGCGUCGGAGGCUGUACCGCACAACAACAACUUCUCCCACCAAUUUCUAAUGCGAUUCCUAUGAGUCGUUCUUGCCCGAUGUUUUCCUCCGAAUAAUGAUGUGCCAUAUAAUAAGAUUGAACAAUCUGUGAUACCCGAUACUAACGUUGGCUAGACAUCUAGUCAAAGAUAGGGAUCAGACUGGGAUGUCCGUCAGGCCGGAGUUUUCGACAUACUUUUCAGUGCUCUACCCACUAAUCGCAACGAUAUUGUUGCAAACACACAUUGCAUAGAGAAAGCUAAAUCGAUGGCGGUAACUUGUCCCACCAUCGCAUUAAACUACAAAGAGAACCGUUUGUCACGUUUGUCACGAUUUCUGGAACGAAUCUCCGAAAGAGCAAUUCAAGCCUUGACGCUUUGAGCGAGACUUUUUUCCCGGAUUUCACAUUCCGGAUAGAGAAGAUUUGGAAGACGACAUCAAAGAAUGUCGACGUGCACCGACGAGGCCGACAACGCACCAUUGCACAUGCAGGAGACAUUAUCUCCGGUGCAGGAGGCUCCAGUUUCGCCGGCGUCUUCUCUGAGCAAUCAAAAUCAAAAUGACAGCGAGCAAGUCCUCCUCACGACCAUGCAGCCGGUCAACGUGCUCGAGUUGCACGAACCGCCGCCCGUACACACCCUCCAUCCAAAAUACCAUCACCAUCAUCGCCACCAUGUCCAUCACCAUCCUCAUCAUCAUCAACAAGAGCAGUCGCAUAUUCAGUCCAAUAAUACGAACGAUGUACAACAACGCGCCGCGGUCGCAGCGGACGAUCCUGACGAUCGGGUAACACCAGGCGCCGAGACCGCGGCGGCCGGCAUCGACUUGAUUUACAAUGACGGACAAAAGACGGUCAUGUACACGCACGACAAGGAGAUCAUCUACGAGAACGAGCACACGGAUCGGGUCCAAGUGCUCGAGUAUCCGCCGCCGCCGCCCACGCCUACGUCGCCGCCUUCGCCAUCAGCCGGUGUGACGAGGACAACGAGCCUGAUCUCGCCCUGUGUCACCGCGCGAUACAUCGCCUCGGCUGCUGGUUCGGCUACGGGUCUCCAUCUGCAACACUAUCCGCAACUGCAGCUGCAACACGAGGACGAACUGUCACCCACGGUGCGUCACACCGUCAGCACAACAGUUCCAAACUGCAGCCCGUCGACGACCACGACAACGGUCCUGGUUCUGUCGGAGCUCGUCGCGGCCGACUCGCCUGCCGUCGUUGCAGCUGCGGCCGGCCAGCAACUGACACUCACAACCGCCGCCGCUGCAGCAUCGCUUCGUGCCGGACGACGAAGUCGUGACGAAGACACCAACGCCAACGUUGUAAGUGACGAAACGCAGCAGUCGAAUUACGUGUCCGGAUUACGCGAACCGAAACAGGAAGAGGAUCUGGGGGCGGAGGAAGCGGCAGCUCAGGCAGCCGCGCAAUCUCUGCAGAGCGGCGCCGAGGGUGCCGAUCCGGAAGUGCACAAGAGAGUAGCAGCCGUGCAGGUGCAAGUGCAGGGUAUGGAGGGUGACUGGCGCGCCUACUGCGAGCAUCCGCUCUCCGUAGCGACCGCGGCCAUGCUAAACCUCCAGCAGCAGCACCAGGUGUCGGCGGUGGCCAGCCACGGGGACGAUCCCGGUGCUUCCUACGUCUACGAGUACUACAAGUUACCCGAAAAGUCAGCACCGGACGUAAAACUGCCCCCCACGCAUGAGCUAUGGUCUACGGGUGUAAUGAGCCAGAAGCUGCUGGUACAGGAGGCGCCUGGCUCCGGUUCCGCCUCGACGAAUCGCAUGGAGGCCGGAGAAGGCGCCGGAGGGGGAGAGCUGCAUCAUUUUCUCCAUCAGUACAACCAACAGUCGCACAGUCCCGGUCAGAAUUUGCAGGGCGGUAUUCCGCUUCCGUUGAGUCCGCAAUCGUUGAGACACGACGGCGCCUCCAGCGCCGGUCUCGGGGUCAAGAGGGAGCCAGAAGAUCUUAGCUCGUCCCGCGGGGCCCAGCAGUCUAGCAAACGACACAAACAGGUACAGCCCGAGAGUCCUACACCACCGGGAAUGUAUCAUCAUCAUCAACAUCAGCUACAGGUGCAACAGUACGGCAGCCCUUACGAUCCAUACACGCCCUGCAGUCCGCGGUUGCAGUCGGCCGCAUACUCAUCCACGUCAGCAACCGGGACGGGGAACCCGUCAACCACCAGCGGUCUCCAUCAGGAGGCGACGACGGUCUACGUCACCGGCGACGCGUUGCCUCCACUUGCCUCGUCGAGCUCGACUUCUUCCUCGUUGUCGACCACGACCGCUUCGUACACGAGGUACGAGGUUGUACCAAGCUCAUACGCUACGACACACGCGAUACGCUCGUCGUCGAGUAGCAGCAAAGUCCUCACCGUUGAUCUUCCUAGUCCUGAUUCUGGAAUAGGUGCCGACGCGGUUACACCCAGACAGGACCAUCAUCCGCCCACGGCGAUACAUCAGUCCUCGUUCGACUAUACAGAGUUGUGUCCUGGCGGCGCGACAGCCGGAACGGCGGUGGUUCUCGAGCCCGGUGCCGUGAUACAUCACCAACCUUUGCAACUGCAACUGCAACAGAGUCAUACCGCACAGGCACAGGUGCAACGUAGCGGUCUUGUGUCUGCGGGUGCGACAAAUCCGAAUCCAAAUCCGACGCCACCGAGGUCGCGGCCCUGGCACGACUUCGGUAGACAGAACGACGCCGAUAAGAUUCAAAUUCCGAAGAUCUUUUCGGCCUUUGGAUUCAAGUACCAUUUGGAGUCGCCGAUCAGCACGUCGCAGAGACGCGAGGACGACAGAAUAACUUACAUCAACAAAGGGCAGUUCUACGCGAUCACGUUGGAGUAUGUCCCCGAUCCCGACAAGCCACUCCUCAAGGCAGGACAAACAGUCAAGAGCGUGGUGAUGCUGAUGUUUCGCGAGGAAAAGAGUCCCGAGGACGAGAUUAAGGCCUGGCAAUUUUGGCACGGCAGACAGCACUCGGUCAAACAACGGAUUCUCGACGCAGACACGAAGAAUAGCGCCGGUCUGGUGGGUUGUAUAGAGGAAGUUGCACACAAUGCAAUUGCCGUUUACUGGAACCCACUCGAAUCGGCGGCAAAGAUAAACGUAGCUGUACAGUGUCUCAGCACUGAUUUCUCAAGUCAGAAAGGAGUGAAGGGCUUACCGCUACAUAUUCAAAUUGACACGUACGAAGAACCGACCAAUACGCACUCGUAUCAGCCGCCCUCCCAUCGCGGCUACUGUCAAAUUAAGGUUUUUUGCGAUAAGGGAGCAGAGAGAAAGACUCGGGAUGAGGAGAGGCGCGCGGCUAAGAGGAAGAUGACAGCGACUGGCAGAAAAAAGCUUGACGAACUUUACCAUUCGGUCACAGAACGCAGCGAGUUCUACUCCAUGGCGGACAUGAACAAACCUCCGGUGCUGUUCUCACCGCAGGCCGAGCACGCCAUCGACAAGUUCUCGACGAUGGAGUUGUCGGGCUUCUACGGUGGUGGCGGCGGCGGCGGGGGCGGGGGUGACACCGACACCUCGUCCCUCAGUAACGGGGAAGGUGGAGGAUUGAAGGCGGGUGGUGGAAGCCCAUAUCCGGCGGCAUGCGGCCGGCCGAGUCUGCCGGCCCUCAAGUUCCACAACCACUUUCCACCCGACAAUCUCAGUAGUCUCCACGACAAGAAGGACUCGUUGCUGAUGCAGGUCCAGGAGUUGCAAGGCUCGGUGUUGCAAGGUGUGCAUCAGGCCGGUUUAGGAUCGGUUGUGUCCAGCGUCGGAAAUCGGCUACAUCUUCCUCAUCAGUCGGAAGAGCGCGUGUUGCUCUUCGUGCGCCAGGAGUCCGAGGACGUCUACACACCCUUGCACGUCGCCCCGCCAACGGUCCAGGGACUUCUAAACGCUAUUGAGUCAAAGUACAAAAUUGCAUCCUCGAGUAUUAAUAACCUCUAUCGCAAAAACACAAAGGGAAUUACAGCGAAAAUUGACGACGAAAUGAUACGAUAUUACAUCGAUGAGGACGAGUUUCUGCUGGAAGUGACUCACUCGCGGAUCAAUCCUGAUCCCGGCAACGAUCGUAAUCCGGGCUCGCCGGGUGAUCAUGGCGAUUCCGGCGAUUCUCCCACGGCCCUGUACGACGUUACCCUCAUCCAGCUACCCACAUCCCGCUUGCGACAAACGGCGCACUCGCCCGUUGCCAAUUCGUCGCAUCACGCACAUGUCCACGACAACGGCAACACGUGAAAUCGAUCGCGAUAGGAAGAAAAAUCCGAAAUCGGACGUAUCGACCGAAACAUCCGAAGCGACUCUCAGCGAGGAGGUAGCAAAAUUAACAGACAACAAAACAAGAAACUUAGUUAACAGUAGAUUUAAGUAGAAACUACAUUUCGAAUAAACUUGAAAAAAACGAUUACUGUAAACGUUACUUUUUUUCCGGUAAAGUAAAAAACUCACUCAUAAUUCACGUAGUCGAAUAAAAUUCAUAGGUGUAUGUAAUGCAUUGUAAUACAUUGUUUAAUGUUAAGACAAAAAAAAACGUGACGGAUUAUACGGAUGUGUUUUUUUGUUAGAUUGUUAGCAUUUCUCGUUAAUGUUUGUAUUUUUUUGUAUCGAGAGAAGGUUUUUCGGAUUUUUCAGGUACAAAAUUGUUUUUAAUAGGUAAUAAAUUUGCGCGUUCACGAGUUAAUAAAACAAAAUGUCCUUGCGUUCGAUAACUUUAUACAUUUUUUGCACACUAUCAAUUGGAUAGACAAAGAUAGUUUUUUUAUUCAUCGCGAAACAAGAUGGUUUGCAAGAAUCUAUAGUUGAUUUAUAAGCAAUAAUGUUAGUAGUAAAUUUUUGCGCAUUAUUUAAAAAAAAAGCUUAUCAUCGAUCGCGAACGUCGCUACGUUAAGUUUUGUUUUUUUUGUAUUUCUUUUUUGUCGAAGCUAAUUUCCGCAUAAUUUUUCAAUACAUUACAUUUAAAAAAAAAGUUAAUUGAGCAAUCAUUUGCGAGCUUUUAAUGAAUUUUUUUUACUUAUUGGAAUUCACAGAGAAUACAAUACGACAGAUAUGAAUUGUAUAGUCAUCUUGAAAACAAUUUUCUAGAUAUUUAUCAGAUACUUAACAUACUAUCAAUUGAUAGAUACAUACAGUGACAACUCAUAUCAAUUGAUAGAUAUCUUUAUGAAAAAAAUGUAAUAUUUAAAAGAUAGACUAUUUAAAAAAUGUAUAAUGAUUAUUUUUAAGAUUAUUUUUAAGAUUAUUUUUAAGAUUAUUGUUUUAAGAGAAAAACCGAAGAAAAAUCCGAGGAACUUUUUCUAACGCCUAAUGUAAUGUGACUAUAAAAAGUCUUUCGCUCACGCUGUCUGGGCUUUGACUCGACUGAUAUAACAAAUAAAUCAAUUGUGCAAGAAAAUACGUAAUGAAGGUUUAGCGGAAGUUGAGCAGAAUAGUACAUUUUUUUUUUUUACACUCUUUGCGAAUGAAUAUUACUAAAAUUUCUUUUCAAAUAUUAGUAAUGUUUGAAUCGCGAGCCACAGAUUGAUGAAAUUUUGUCAAAUUUCGUGUAUAGCCAAAUGCGCUGACAUUGUAGACACGAAAAGUGAAUUAUUACCGCGUAUUAACUUGUUUUUCCCCUUUACAAAUAAUUUAUAUGCGCGCCAAAUGUAUGUAAAAAAAUCAAAAGUGAUUUAAGAAUCUCGGUAUGUAUACAGUAACUCUUCUUAUACUCGGAGAUUAAGACCGAAAUAUUAAUUAUCUCGAAAACAAUUACAAGAUAAUUAUAUUAUAUAUUAUAUUAAUAAGACACGAGUCGAAGAGUGUGGAAAAACUCUUCCGAGUUUAAAAGGGCUACUGUAUUAAAUAUUUGUAUGAUGUACAUGUAGAUAGCACUUAUACGAUCAUACUAUCAUUAAUUCAUAGUAGCCAACAUAUACGUGUAAGCUUUUAAUUUGCCCGAACUGUUUUAAAAUUACGUCGCAUUGGUGCCGUAAACCUUCGAAAUGAUAUUCCCAGUGAUGCGUUAGUCAAUGAUAGACAAUAUUUACGCAACGCGCGUAUCUUGUUCAUGAACAGAUGACAUCUCUUUGUCAUUUUUAAAUAACCCGACCACUCACUUACUGACUACUCGCUUGUUGAUAUGUGUGUUUCAUAUUGUUCUAACUUCAGUUAUUUUGCAUUAUACUUCAACUCAUCAUUUCGUCAAUGUGUGUAUUUAAAAUUUGUUUUAAAUUCUCAGGUAUCUUACUUUUGGAUAUCGAUCGAUUUCAGAUUACUCAGUUUUCGAUUGGUCGUUUGUUAAUAAAAGAUAUUUCAAAUCAACUACAAAUUAAAUUUAUUUAAGAUUACUAUCCUAAUAAUAAGUCAUGUCUUUAUCACUUUAAUUGAAUUUGAUGAAAUAGUGAAUUUAAUGCAAAUGUAACUAAAUAUUUUAUUUUUUGAAAAUUUUUAUUUAAAAAUUGUUUCUUAUUUAAAAAUUCAUGGUUAAA